ACAGUCCUUAAAAAAACGUCGUGGUUUAUGCGCGAAUCCAUCAAACCGUAAAAACUGACAAUUUAGGCAAACUCCGGUGGCCACUCAAAAGAAACACCGUUAGCUUUUUUGCAAUAUUUUUCCAAUUUCUCAAAAUCAAACAACAAUGGCAGCCAAUUGCAUUUGCUCAGUUCAUAGGAACUCAACCCCAACUUCACACGCCCCACCAACAACUCGGUUAGGUUCCCUUCAAAUUCCAUCCUCCUCAUUUCUCAAAAUUAGGGAUACCGCCAAAUUCAACCCCAUUAACAAUGGCGCUUUUACAAGAACAAUCGGAAGAAGAAGAAGAGAGGGAGGAAUAGUGUGCAGUAUUCUACCGGUAGAUCCAUGGGCACCCAACAUUGAUUCCCAGAGCAUUGCUUCUCAGCUAUUCGCUUUCUCUCUCUUCCCUUACCUGGGUUUUCUCUACUUUAUCACCAAGUCCAAAUCUGCUCCAAAACUCACCGUUUUUGGGUUCUAUUUCCUGCUUGCGUUUGUGGGUGCCACCAUUCCUGCUGGAAUAUAUGCGAAGAUACACUAUGGAACUUCCCUCUCUAAUGUGGACUGGUUGCAUGGUGGGGCUGAGUCUCUGCUCACUCUGUCGAACUUAUUUGUUGUGCUGGGAUUGAGAAAAGCUCUGAGGGAACCUAUAAAUUCGGAAGAGACAAAAUCUGAUGAAGUUUCAGGAUUCAAAGAGUAGAAUCCUUCCUCAUAGAUGUACGCCAACUGCUGCUGCAACUAAUCAAUUUCAAGGUUAUGCCAAAGGUAGCCACAUCAAGCAUCUUGUAAAGAUCGUGCCGGGAGGAUGGGAUUUUCCGGAGCUCAAUAUAGUGUAAUUUGUUUUAGCUAUACAUGUUGCUAAUUUUACAAUUAUACAUCAUCUCUCCCAUCUGUUCUCCGCACUCUUAUUCAGGUAAUAUAUAAUUAUAUACUUUGUUGCCUGGAUCUUCAAACAUGGUUCAAAUGUUCAAUGGUCUCAGAAUAUAGUAUAAAUUAUUAUUUUGUGUUUA